AUGGUUGAUGAUAUCUGUACUCUUGCUUGUGAUCGUGGAGCUGCUGCUGCUGUGCUUUAUUCUCUUACUACAGGAUCUUGUAGUGUGAAUUCAGAAUAUCUUCUUAAUUUUGAAAAACCAUUGGAUGUUUUUAGCUCAGCAAGAUUACAAGGUGCUUGUUUGAUUGAAUCUCAAUUCAGUGAUGUGGUCGGAUCUGGAUAUUGUUUUCAGUCCAAUCUACUCAAAACUUUGGCUUCUACUAUUCUAGAUGAAAUCAAUCAAACAGGAGGUCAAUCAGCUUUUAACAAGCUUUCAUUUUUGAUCGCGGGAAUCACUGAGUUACUACAAUUGAUAAUUGGUCUUAUCUUAUUAUUGAUCAGGUUCACAGUCUUGUAUACGUUUGGGUAA